ACCAGCAGUCCAGUCAGCUGAGGAGGGUCUAGAGCUGCUGCUGCUGCUGAGUGUGUGCAGAGGAAACCUCCAUCUGCCGGUAAUGUGCUAACAGCCUGGAUCAGGGCGCGCUUGCGCUGCGACGCACGCUUCGGUCUGCUGCUAGUGAACUGCCUGCGCUUCAUCAUCUCCGUUUCAGUCCGGCAGCAUCUCUCUCUUUCUCUCCUCCAUCCUCAUCAUCCCAGCCCUCAUAAUGACCUUCAGAGUAUCCGGCUGAAUAGUCUCCGCUUGUUUUUGUCCUCUGUGGCUGCGCUCAUCGGAAACGGAUACCUGUGCUGCAUUGGCACCACUGUAGACCGUGUAGGCUGAACCGCGCCUCCUUUGUACAUUUGGCUCUGUUCUGGCUGACCAUGGCGAAGGCGGUCACAUCACCGUCCGGCGCACUAGCCGGGGAAAAGAUGGCACCACCCUCCAUCACUCUACUUCCUGACAAGAGGUCUCCGACAAACGGUCACAGCUCUCCAGCUCGAACUGGAAAAACUACUCCAUCUAACUCAGAGAAGAAGCCACACAUGAAUGGACAUGCAUCCCCGUCACACUUAGCAGCUAACGGCAGUAACAACCAUGGAGGUAAACAAAUCAUGGAGGGUUACAUGAAGACAGAUGACAGGAUGCGCUUAGCCAAAGAGCGACGCGAGGAGAGGGAGAGAAGCCUGGCGGCCAGGGAGCAGCUGAUCAGAGAGAAGGAGCGCCGAGCUCGGCUGCAGUACGAACGCACAGUGGAGGAACGCUGGAGGCGUCUGGAGGAGCAGCGGCAGAAAGAGGAGCUGCGAAGAGCUGCAGUGGAGGAGAAAAGGAGGCAGCAGCUCGAGGAGGAGAGGGAGCGGCUCGAGGCCCUGUUGAAACGCUCUCUGGAGCGAAGCCUUCAGUUGGAGCAGAGGACAAAACGCUGGAGCAGGGGCUGCCCUACAGGAGCAGGUGACUGUGAGAAUGCCCCACUCCCUUUCUCUGCUGCCUCCGCCUUUUCCCAUGGCAUUGCCUCCCCCCUUCCUGCUGUCAGCGAAUCUGCUCCCUGCAGCCCUCACAGGUCACCUUUCUGCAGUUCGCUGAACCCUGCAGAUCACAGCAGACCUGGACUUCACGUAGGCUCUCAGUCCACACCCAAUACCCCCAAGAAAGAGCGGCUGCGCAGAGAAAGAAGAACUGCAUCCCCAGGUUGUGGAUCCCCUGUGAGAAGAUCUGAAUCUCCUGCCAGUGUCACCAAACACUUGGCCUCCCCUACUACCUCCAAGCUGGUGUCUAGGAUGCGUGCCCAGUCUCCCAGCAGUGCACACCAGUACCAUUAUUCUCCAACAAGACAACGCCCAAACCUGACAUGUGAUGACAGGAAAUCAGAGGAGAAGAAGCUGGAAAAAAAUUGUGAACAAUCCAAAACUGAGACUGCAGUGAAAAAGAAUCCUGACAUCAGCAGCACAAAUUUACAAGCUGAGAAGAAUGCAGUCAACGUUGACAUCACUAAAAACAAAUCCCCUAAAGGUGAACACACUGACAAGCAUCUGAAAGGGGAAGUGAUUGAAAGAAACCAAUCUCCUGACAGAAAGAGCCCCAUGUCUCCUAAAGUGGAUUUGUCAGAGAAGAAGACGCAGAACAACGUUCAGGAUGCAGACAAGAAAAAAGAAUCAACACCGUGCACAUCGGCAGGGAAGGUGGCAGCUGGCACAACAAAUGCGGAGGAGGCUACCAGGCUGCUGGCAGAACGAAGGCGUCAGGCUCGAGCUCAGAAAGAACUAGAGGAUAAAAAGCGGGAACUAGAGGAGGAAGAAAGAUUGAGGGAAGAACAGCUGAAGAAGAAAACCGCACAGGAGCGGCAACAACAAGAGGCGAAGGCUCAACAAGAGGCGAAGACUCAACAAGAGGCGAAGACUCAACAAGAGGCGAAGACUCAACAAGAGAAGGAGAGAGAGAAAAAAGAGGAAGAUAAUAACAGGCUGAAAGAAGAAGAUGGCAAACAAAAGAAGGAACAGCAGGAGAAGGAGUUACAGAUCCAGAUGGACAGAGAGAGAGAAAAAGUCAAAGUCCAAGCUCAAGAGGAUGCAGAGCGUCAGCGGCAAGACAGAGAACUACAGACACAACAAGAAGAGGAGGAGAGGCAGCUAAGAAAAAAGAGAAUUGAGGAGAUCAUGAAGAGAACUAGGAAGGGUGAAGCUGACUUGAAGAAGGAGGAGCAGGUGGAGGCAAAGUCGGCAGGGGAUGUAAAGACUGUUCAAACUACUGCUCAGGUCAACGAGCAGCCAGUCAAAAAGGUUGAGUUUCAGGUUAAGCAGCAGGUCCAAGUCAGAACAAAGGAAACCGUGAAGAAAGAAGCAGCAUCACAGAUGGACAAUCAGAAGAGCAUUCAAGUCAAAAACAACACUCAUCUUGCUCCACCAACACACAGUGUUCCUGACAAGAGACCCGACAUCAAACAAAGCAGCGAAGAGCACAGCAGCCAGCUUAGCAAAGACGCCAAACCAUGUGUUCUCAAGCAGCAGGGAAAAGAGACGGAAAUGAAUGUAAACAAGCAGCACAGAGCAAAUGUGAAAGUCACAGACCAAACGAAUAAACAGCCGACAAAGCCGACGGAAGAUGCCAAAGUUAACCAAAGGGAGGGAAGUGCGAUGAACGGAGCGGUGAAGAGUGAAGGAAGUGCCUUGAUGAGCAGCCAUCGAACUGCUGAAGUAAGCAAACAGAAAAGCCUGGAUGCUACGUCAGCCGAGGGAAAGGCUCAAGGAGGGGCCCGAGUGGAGGUCAUCAGACCCCCUGUGACACCUCUGCCGGUGGGACCACCACCAGUCAUCAAACUGGAGCCGCUAGAUGUGAAGCGAACAGGAUCUAGUGAUGAAGUGCAGUCGAUGGAGGUGAGCCCAGCUUCACGGGAAGAACUCAUUUCAAUCCCAGAGUUCUCACCCAUCAACGAAAUGCAGCACUGUGGUAUGAGUAACACUCGAGCUCUGGAAGAUCUCAUAGACCUGACUGGAAGUGCCACCUACCCCAAACUGUCCUCUGAAAACAACAUAGGAGACUGCAACAAGAAUCUCAUUGAGGGCGUUGUUAGUCCCAUGUCAGACUCAAAGCUCGUUGGGAUGUCGCCUCCAUCCUCUAAUAAACUUAGCGUCCAGUAGUUUCUCAUGCUCUCCUGCUUGCCUUCUCGCUCUCUCUUCUCUCUGUCCCACACACAGGUCAUUGCAUUUCACCCUUCUGUCUCCACAGUUAUGGAAAUAGAGCCAUAGAGAUUGUCUUAACAAAUGUAAAUUAUGACUUGCAAUAUAAAAAUAACAUCUCCUGCAUAUUAAUCACAUAGCAACUGGGCGCUGAAGUGAUGUGUUAAAUAUCUGGUUUCAUCUUGUUCUGUGUAAGGUGGAGAGAAGCUGUGUGUAGAUAUGUGACAAUGCUAAAAAAAAAAAAAAGACAAAUAUCAGGGUUUUGAAUAAUAUAAGAAUUUAGAAAACAAACUUACUACUAGCUUCUUUUAGCCUGGUAAGAAUCUCAGUUGUUUUUUUCCCUCACUGGGUCCCAGUUCAUUUCCACUACUGGAGAAUUGAAGCCUGCUCAGAGCAUCAAUCCUUUCAGUGAGAUUCAGUAUGUUGCAGGGAAAGGCAUGACUCUUUCAUUUUAACAAUGGCCUAGUUUUUAAUACUUUAAAAUGUUAUUUCUAGGUAAUGUUAUUCAUGCAUGUCGAUUAAUGACUGACUUGGAUGGAAUUUAUUUAAUUUAUCUGGCCAACUAAAACCCAACCAGACUGUCAGAACCUCAGCAACCUUAAAGGGGAACUUCGGUUUUUUUCAACCUGGGGUCUGUUUCCAUAUGUAAUUUCAUACAUGUGAGUGAUGGAGAAAUGAAUUUUCAACAUAGCUCCAGUAUUUAGCCCGGCAGGCAGCUUAGCAGCUCAGCUAGCAGCUCGGCUAGCCGCAUCAAAGUCCGAUGCUUUGACGCAGGAUGCUAGAAAGCAAAUCUUGCUUUCUAGCAUCCUGAGAUUUGGAUACAGACCACAACAAAGAGCGAUCGCCAGGUAAUGUGGAGGUUUUCGUUCACUUCUCAUCUCUAGUAUGUUGUGGGACACUCAUUGAGACUAUCCGAGCCGGUCAGUGUGAGGCAAAAGCACGUUAGGGCGGACUUUGAGGCGGGGGGGGGGGGGGGGGGGGCAGCUAAGCUGCCUGCCUGGCUAAAUACUGGAGCUAUGUCGAAAAUUCAUUUCUCCAUCACUCACAUGUAUGAAAUUACAUAUGGAAACAGACCCCAGGUUGAAAAAACUGAAGUUCCCCUUUAACCCACUGACAUCCAAUCGUGGGAUUAUUCACAAUUUAAAAAAAAAAAAAUUCUUUGCCAGGAGCUGAUUCCUUUCAGCUCUUUUUGAUCUUUAAAUGAGGCUUUCUAAAUGCAUGUGACUGAGAAACAUGAGCCCAUAGCUAUCUGUCAAAUUGAAUGCUACUGCACAUUAAAGAAAAGAUGCUGGCAUCAACACGAAUGAUGGUACAGUAACAGUUUAAGUCUCCUACUUGGAUUCUAUUGCAAAUAUACAGCAAUCAUGCAAGCAAAGCACCUUUUAUGCAAUCCCUCCUCUGAUAAAAUUGAUCUCCAAUGACGAAAAUGCAGACAGCUGAGCAACUUUGUGUCAUUUAGAACAUUUUCUGUGGAUGGAAUCUUGCUUUGACAAACUCAGUGCAAACAGAUCUAUAAAACAUUCAUUCACUAGACUCCACUCAACAGAUAUGUGGCUGUUGAUGUGUGAGUCUGAAGUGCACUGGAGCAGGAAUGUGUGUUUAAAAGCCAACAUGUAUGUGCACACUCUCUCGCUAUAAAAAUGCUCUUUGAUGUUAAGGUUUUUAUCCUUCCAUCUUGCUGUAUUCUUUAGUCAUGUGCAGGACCUACACAGUGGCUCCUUAAUGUCUUCAGCAAUCCAUAUAAUGACAAAUAAUUGCAAUUAUUCAUUCCAUGUAUUAUGCCAAAAUGUAAUUUCAGUAGAGAUGCCUUAUAAGGGACUAACCAGUUUCUUUAUUUCUGUGUUUAUCUUUCCAUUUGGUCACUGGGAUAGAUGUGUGUCACCUGUAAUACUUGAACCUUGGUUUGAAAUGUCAUCUCCGACAUGCUGCAGAUCAUUUUACCAACAGCUGGGACACACUGUUAUCUCACUUACAAGGAGACAUUUAGGUUUGUGUUCCUGCAGACUACCCGUAGCUGAAAAAGUCUUAAGUGAAGUAGCCAUACAGAAACGUACAGUAUUUGUGACUUAGGAUUCGCUUUAUAUUUUGCAGUCGUUUUGCAGUCUUUAUUGCAAAUGAUUGAUUUUAGGCAAAAGCAAAUUAGCAUAAAGAAAUCAUACACACAGCCACUUCAAAAACUAUUCAAGUCUGCUCAUACCUGCACAUCAAAACACAAAUCUUUAAGUUAUGUAAUUACUGUAGACAUUGUGCAUGUUUAGCAUGAUCAUAACAGUGUUAUCUGAAACAAUAAAGUGUAAAACUGGGAAUUCUGUGCGUUUCUGCCUUUAUGUUGCUAAGCUGUUCAGACAUGGGUAACCGAAAGCACAAAGAAAGUAAGAGAAGUAUUAUCAUGUUUGCCACUAACACUAAUACAGUCCUAGACAACAGUUGUCCAAGCCUGAUGGUGAUUCAUUUUAUCAGCUAUUUUGGCAGCUGUGGUUUUGAGUGCUGAAUAUAGUGAAUAAAAUAAAAUAAAUAUUCUACAUUAUCCCAAAAUUGUAACUUGAGCUGGGGUUUUUCUGAACCGUACAGCAGCGGGCUGACAAUAUCCACGUCAGGAUAAAGGGAAAAGAAAAAGAACACACACGUAUUAAGAAAACAUUUAAAACUUGUGACUAAUCCCAUCUGGGCUCUUAUUAGGGCAGGAAAGACAUCUGAAUAAAAAAAGCAAUGCACCAAUCAAAGAGAAGAAGGAAAAAAAAUGCCAGUUAUGUAGCUGGUAUGCCUGAGAGGUUUAGAAGAAUCUUCUCUCAGUACGACAUACUGGUUCACUUCAGAUCCAGCAAACACUCUGAGACAAAAACUGCAGAUAAAACAACUGAAGACAAGCGGGGCAAUUUUGGACAUUCAGUCCAAUGCAGCCAGGAAUGUAUAGAUCUAUAUUUAGAGACAACUGCUCCACAAGUGCAUGGCUCAACACAGGCGAGACAGGUCUUCAGGACAUGACUCAGCAGUCCACCUGCAUGUGAAGGGUAGGGGACGCUUUUUUGUGCAGAUUUUGGACAGAGAAGAAGGACGGUUCAAGAGGAGUCAAGUAAUUCAUCUCCUUUAAACUGGAAGGGCAAUUUCUAAAAGAGGAGGGAUACUACAACAUUACUUUUCAGGUAUUUUAUCUUGAGGUCUUUCACAAAAAAGUUUCACCACCAUUUACAUACUGAGUCAUCCGUGACCUGACAGUUUCACAACCAUUCACAUCUCAGUGCGUGAGUCUGAUGAACCAUUAGCCAUGGAAUAUGAGGUUGCAAUAUAAAUCUGUUACUCCCCAUUAGUUGGAACUGAAGAAGGCUCUUGAAUGAGAAGUGAAACUUCUUUGUUGUUUCUCAUACAUCAGUGACGAUAAUGCUUGAUUGCAUGACUGCAUGACACACAUACGUCUUCCUUCAAUCACACCACUCCUCCGCUAAAGCUCAUUCAUUCUCAUGUAUAGAUGCUUCUUUGACAUACACAUUCCAGACAACCACGUUUCUUAUCACACGUUUCCUGUCAGACACUGUCAUCACAUGUUGUCGAUCAGAUACUACAUCUUCAAGAACAAAAAAGAACUACGAGAGAAAGAAAGGCUCAGUUGUCUUUCACUGAAACUCUUAACCCUGACUCUUAACCUGGGUGACUCGGAAUCUGCACCCUUAGAAACGAUCAGCAAGUUUAAACUAGCAAUAAAACCACCAUUAAGGUAAUUAACAACUUCUGUGUUAAUUAUGUUUGCCUAUGUUAGAAACAGAGUCUCAAUGGGGAUGUGAGAAUCUGUGAAAGCAUGUGGGUCAAUGAUCCAGCAGGGAGUGAAAGAAAGCACAGAGCUUAAAUACUUGGAGGUGAGGUGGAGAACAGGUGAGUUGAGUUGAGCUGAUUACUGCAGCUGACAAUCACUGCAGUAAUCAGAAGGUAGAGUGCAGGCAGGUGAAGCAAGGAGAGCAGGAGGAUGAGUGACAGGGAGAGAGAGAGAGACAUCAGGGAGAGGUGACAGAUACAGGGAUUCAGACAGGUCAAAACAGAUACAAAAGGACAAAGAAGGAAAAAAGAGAGGGAAAGAGGGAGAGGAACAGGGCCUGGAGUAGGUAUCAUGGCACCUACAUUUAAUCAUCAUACGAAUAGAUUUUGUCCGACAACAAAGAUGUCAGGACCCAACAAUAAUAAUGAACAAAGAAUGGUCUGAUUUAAGUCCCCUGAACAAUGUGUAUCUAAAAAGACGAGUGAGCUUAAAGAAUUUGAAUUGGAAACAAAGAAAAGGUGUUGUUUUUAUCAAAAACUAACGUGUAGUUCACCCUCCAGGGCCGCAGGUGGCGCAUCAGUGUUGCUCUCUUUCGCUGUGUUAAAGAGGAGUGUGCGUAGAGGAAGAGUGCGAGAGCUGCUUAGCUGUGUCGCACCUAGCUUUCAACUCAACCGUCGCUUAGUCUUGAGUAUUUAAUUAUUUCCAAAGAUGGUACGAACACAUUUUGGACCACCACGCUUAAAGUCCAGACCUUACGGAGAUGGUCAUGGUAAUGGACCCUCUGAAGGGAAUUACAAUCCCAAUUCCAAAAAUAGAAGAGAUGGCCAGGGGUACCCAGGAAAGGCUCCAUUUCCCUGGAGAGACUCCAGAGGUAGAGGACGGCCCCCAAUUGUCAAAAGAGUUCCUCUGAUGGGAGAACCAAGGGAGCCACGUUUCAAUCACUGGAGGUCACAGAAUCAGGAUUCUUUUCAAACAUACCCUCCCAAAAUGGAACAACACCACAAACAGAGGAGGCCCUCUCCAUCCAGGCCAAAUCGCUCCCCUCAAGCCCAGCAUCAGUCGUCUUCUCGCAGUCCUGCACAAGGACACCAGGGUCAGAGGGGCCCAUCUUUCCAUGGCCACCCCUCAGGUCACAGGUCACCCUCCCCAAGAAAUUUUCGUGGCCACCCAGCUGACAGGAGGCCAGGCUCUGCACCAGCCUACCAGGGAUCUUACAGGGGCCCCAGAAGGCAGUCAGGUGUUCCCCAUCAGGAUCAGCGAGGUCGAGACCCUCGUGGGAAUUACAGUCAAAGAGAGAGGCCCUUUGAACACUCAGGUCAUGGCAUGAGGCGCUGGAACGAGGCUGGAUCGUUCUCUCAUCCACACAGUGGAGAACACGGGCUCUCUGGGUCACAGAGGAGCCCCAGAGAAAUGCAUGGGAGAGGCUCGUGUACAGAGAGGUACAGGAGUGAAGCAGAAACCCCAGCUGGGUAAAUUUAUUAAAGAGGAGGCUUGAAGCUGACCAGCUCUCCCAGUCACAGGGGUUGUAAUGAUUACCUCUACUGAGCUCCAGCUCAUAUUUUUUUAUUAGUCUGAUGUAAAUGUGGUUUCACCUGCCAUUACGAGGAGUGUUACAUCUGUAAUUGCUCUUUGAAAAUUUACUUCUCUUACCUGUUUCAUUCUAUCAUGGCUUUAAGAAGGGGCUGCAUUAAGAUAAAAGUUAAAAGUUCCACCUCCCACUUGAGAUGGCAAUGGAUCUGUCAUUGUAAUGAUUUCUCUAUUGUUUGAUGGGUGUGCAGGUGGUCAUCUGAGCAAGACUCCAGACGGCAGCGUGGUCCAGUGAGGAGGCAGGGCAGCCGAUCCCACAGUAAAGAGAGGGCACAAGAUGUCCCUCAACUGCCCCCUUACAGAAAUCCUUCAUGGAAAGGAGGUCCAUCACCGUCAUCCAGCUACCACAGGAACCCUCAGGAGAGGCAAGUGGCAGGACCCCGCAAGAGGAGGAUAUCCGACAUCAGCAUGCCCUCGUCAAACCCUGCACUGGAGCAUGGCAAUGCAAAACAGCCCCGGAGAGAGCGACCUCAGCUGCUCAGUAUCCCCAGGCCCUUUGGUCUUAAACCUUUGUCACUUAGGGAUAAAGGUUUCCUAAUUAAGAGCCGACAAAUCAGAGCAGAGCCUUUCAUGAGGCUCAGAAUACCCCCACCUAUGAAACCCAGGCCUCGCCUGGGUGACCUUCCCCCACGAGGAAACCCCAACUCUGUUCUUGCUAUCAGGAAGAAACGUUUCCAGUUAAAUGCAGUUCCUCUGAAAAAGUUGGAGCCAAGAAAGGCAAAACCACAACAGUCACCUUCCAGAGAAGAAAGCAAUGCCAGCAAGUCUUCCAGAGACUCUGACACAGGAAAAGAACAGGUGGAGUCUCGUCGCUCCUUGAACACACACAGGUACGGUAUUUUCCUUGUCGCAUUGUUCGCAGGGGCUUGAUGGUGAUUAGGAGGUCAACAAAGAAUGUCACUAUGUGAAAGUGGUGCCAGCUGUGGAAAAUGGAGAUGUCGUGAUGAGCUAAAUGUGCAACGGUGAUUCAGUUGACGAAAAGCCACAAAUGUAUUCAAAUGCCCCCCUAUCUGCGUGCUGCGUAUGUGUCAAAGUACCUACCUGUCGAGUGGGAUGAAGACGAGGUUUAUGCUGCAGUUACACAGCACAUCGUUAAAGCCAACCUGUUUUAAAACCUGACAAAAGUGUUUGAUCACCGUUAUGAGGAGUGUGGAAAAAGUAGUUGAGCUGUGCUGUUAAAGGAUUCUGCUGUUUCUGAGCAUUAACUGAUUUAAACCUGAAGUGCUCUUCAGCGUGUUGUGAUGACUCCUGUGUCCUCGAUAGCAAAAGUAAAUUGAGCCUGACGUUCAAACGUAGUGAGAAGCAGUAUAUUUCGGUAUGCAAAACAAGACAUUUGAUGAGGAUGAAGAGGACUGCAUUUAACAUGACCAAAGCUGAAAUAGCCAUGUUGCAACUUAUAAGUUACUGGAAACAAGUCCGCCAUACAUUGGCCUGAGUGAAAAGAGAUGCAUCAACAUUGCAUGUCCAUUCUAAGAGAAAAUAUAAGGCAAGUGGAAUGAUUGAUCAAGCAAAUUCCAAGAGCACACUCUGAGCUUCAUGGAUGACGGUGAUGAUGAUGAUUGCUGACAGCAAACAAAGCCAUAAAAUAACGAAGAGGAAGUUUUGUUGCUGAAGAACAUUGCUUGCCUCUAUCGAUUAGCUGGCAAAAGGAAUCGAUCUUCACUCAAAGUAACUGGAACAUCACUCAUAGUUUGUGCACUUCAAAACACCACUAAUGCAUUUUUAUGUACCUCCUAUACUAAAAUGAUUUACAACCAGAAAUAGUUAAACUAAAGACUAAGAGCUCAAACGUAAAAGAAAUUGAUCUGCAGAGCAUUUCAGGCUUCAUUUAGUGGAAUUUUUAUGUCUGUACAAUCAUCGGAUAUGUACUUAAUUGUAUGCACACAUCAGCGACGUUGAGAAGUGGCCAGUUUGUCAGAAAGAAGUGGAAAUUGAAGUAAAGUGAAUUAUUUAUGCCUGAAGGAACCACAUAUCAGAAUGAGAUACAUGAAUCUGCACCAUCUAAAGUGUGAAAAGUCAAUGGUGUUCCAUCAUUCCCUAUAAAAAUUAAGGAUAAUGAAGAGGAGCCACAUUACUUCUACUUGCAUUUCAUGCAAAGCAUUUCGGCAAGGAAGUCUUUUGUUUCUCCAAAGUCACGAGACAUUUACAGAGCAUUCCUGUAACUCCCACACUUUGAGCAGUGCAUCAGAUGAUCACCACGUCAAAGCUGGAGAAUUGUCUUGGAAGUGUUUGGAUGAAUACAUCAGCGAUGAUUACAUAUACUUUUGCAAGAGUCAGAUCUGCAAACAUGGAGCUACUAGUUGGACACAUUUGUUCAAACAAAAGCCUAAAAUGUGUCAUGACAUAUCAUUUUGAAUAGCUGGAAAAAGCUAUAAUGGCUGAGACUACAAAAGAGGACGAUAUCGACUUUUUAAAAGACGUUACACAAAUGGUGAGACACGAUGGACCACAAAGAAUGGAGUUAAAUAGAUGUGAACAAAAUGAAAAAAGAGAAAAGAUCAACUGGCAAGAAUUCUAACAUGGUGCUGCAUUGGAACAGAAGCAAGGUCAGCUUUGUCUUUGCAGUUUUAUCAGACCACUCGGUUAAGUUAUUUGUGUAAAUUUUGGCUGGACCCGCAGGUCAGCAUGUCCUGUUAUUUCCCAUGAAUCUAACGAUUAGAGGUAUGCUUCAAGAGCCUGAUGGGAAUGAAAGCAUUCAUGAGCCCCUUUACAAGGCUGUUACAGCAAAAAUCUACCACUCUACAAAUCUCAAAUGCAAACCCGCCUGUCACCCUGCGAAGACAUCGCCUUUUGAUUGUGAUGGACAAAAGAUGAUCCAUUCUCAGCACUUCAUCCCACUGCAGCUUAAAACUACAGCAGAAGAGGAAGACGGAGCAGUGGGCCAACUCUUUGACUGCAGAACCAGUCACUUGAUCCCCACCUUUGUUCCAGUCAUACCCAACAACCCAAAAUUACAGAAGAGUAGUAGUCCUUUAUGGGCACUGCACAACCUUCAGAAACAUGCCCUGAAAGCUGGACUCGUUUGUGGGCAGGUAGACGGCCAAUCGGAUCAUCUCUUACAACCCCAACUAAGGAGAACAGGCUUUUAAGCUGACAGAAACAUCGGUCUGCAUGUGUUCCUCUAUUUGCUCCAGAAAUACAGAUGUCAAAAAGAUCUUUAUCGCAAAUGUGGAUUUGUGAAGCCCUUAGGAUGAUGACAAAGACUGAAGAAGACUAAUGGAACAACUGGGAAUGGCCUGAUGGUUAUACCUGAAGUUCAGUCUGAAAGUGAAAACGAGUCAUUGGCCUCCUCUGCUUCUGACAGAGAUGAUAGAAGAUCUGGUGAUGUGAUCUGUGUCUUAAAGUCCUCAACGAUUUGGCUGCUCUAACGAUCACUGAGUGAAUGAAGAGAGCUCAGUUUGAUUCAGGGUACAAAAAUAGGAGUAAAGAAGCAUGGACAUUCCAUGGUUUUUGUAAGUACCCAAAUGAUGAGUGGCUUUAUGAUAAUUUGUCUGCCUGCAAAUCAGUGCUGUUCAUUACUGGUUUAAAUUACGUUACUUCUACGAGCUGACAGGUUAACGUCACUUUUUAUUAGCAGUCUGAUAUUAAUAAUGGAUUGUUUGACAGCUGUUGUGUUGGUGUGAUUGGGAUGCAUAAGUCCUUAAUGCAACCUUUAUGACUCCCUCUUCAGAUCUUCUCCUAUUGAGAAACGUGAUCUUGUUGUUUUGUCCCACUGGCCACCCGGACCGAGCUCCUCCAAGGACUGCUCACCUCCAAAGGAUCGCAGCCCAAAGGCAAAAUCUGAUCGCAGUUCAGAUGCUGAAACCUCCCCAAACAGGCGACUCUCAAAGAGCAGUGAUUCCAGAUCGCCACCUCAAGAAAGAAAACGUGGAUAUUUGGACAAGAGAACGUUUAGGCCAUUUAACAUGAUACAGGACAGCAACAGACCUGGGAGGCCCUUCAGGAGACCAGGACCAGGACCUGGGCCCGGACCCAUGCAGCGGCCAAAGUUCACUGGUGGUCCAAGGAAGCCAAUCCCAGAUCUGUCUACGCCUGUCAGAAGACCACUCAUGGAGAGCUUAGUGCCACGUCCUUUCCCGAAUCAGAGACCAGUGUUCAGGAAAAGUUACAGCAUCAUGUCUAAAUACCGCAACAUGAGAGUGAUGCGUCAGCGUGCGCCGUACAGCCGAGGACCCAACCAACAACGCUGGUGAUGGCUUUCAGUCCAGCAUUCUGCAAAUAUGAAACUGGAGAUUCCUGAGAAUUCUGCCUGAGAGCUUCUCUGUUGGGUGGACUGCACAAACCCUCACUACAGUCCCAACCUGCUUUGUAUUGUGAAAGUGCUGUUGCUUUAUAUUUCAUCUCUGGUACAAGUGUGUCAGGUGCAUUGUUGAAGUACUGCAGUACUUUCUUUUAGAAUAUUUGUAACAUAUGCCAUGAUAUUGUUCUCUCUUUGUUUUUCACGUUUGAUAAAUAGAAAAUUGCUGCUUGUGAUCUUGGAAUCCUGUUUUGCUUAAAGAAGUGGUAGCAGUUUUCUGUUGUUGUUUACUAGCAGAGGUUCAUGUCAGGUUAAGUGUGAAAACCUUUUAGUUUACCAUCUGAUGUUUGUCUGUAAAGACAGGAAGUCUUAUUUAACUAAUCCUGAGCAUUUUGAUUAGACAACAGCUUGUGAGCGGACACUUAGCUAUUACUUGUAAAACUUGUAAUCACAUGUUACAUUUGAGACUUUAAAUAAAAAGAGAUUUACCACA